UACGCACGUCGCUACGAUACGAGCCGAGCGCCCGCGCGAUCCAAGUUUCUACGUCAACGAAUUUGAAUUGCGAAGCUCUUUUUUGAAUAACUUUUUUCUUUUUAGUAACUUUUAGUGAAAGUGUCAAUAUGGUGCUGGCUGAUUUUUUGACGGAGACCCGAAGGCGGUGGUUGAAGGCCUUCAAACUGUUCAAACGCAGCAAAACCCGCAAGACGGCACGUAACCGCAUCUCCCCGGAGUUGAUCCGGUCGCCGUCCUACAGCGGCACCGUCGACGCGCGCGCAGAGAUCGACCUGCAACGCUUCUGCGCUUGCCGCGCCUCCAUGCCUCCGUUACAAAUCGCCAACGAAUCCUUCGAAAACAACUCGUACAACAGUAGCUAUAGUUACGACAGUUCACGGAAUAACAGCAUAGACGGGUGCCACUCAGACGCAGCUCGGUCAGACUCCGCGUACAACUCCGCGAGAAGCAGUCCGGCGCAUGCGCGGUCCGUUUGCUACGCGACUGUGACGUACUUCAAUGUGAAUGACAGUGAAGAUAGCAGCAGCAUCCGAACGGAGUUCACGCUGCUCGACGCAGACGCAGACAUAGACGACGAAGAAGAGGAUGAAAGAGCACAGAAUCUGAUCAAUGAGAGCAUCGAACUCGUUAGCACGUUAUGAAUUAGUCAAGUAACAACUUAGAGUAAGUUAGACAAGAUAAUUUUAAGUACGAUGAUAUAGAGUAUCCAUUCCUGAAGUAACAUGCUUCCUUGAUUUAGAGGGGUAAAAAGGCCACAUUGAAGCAAUUCAGCUAAAAAACAAUACUGCUAUUCGACAUUUCGUCAUAAUUGUGUACUUAGUUUUAUAUGCAAAUGUCAAAUUACUUUUUAUAUGAAUUGCUUCAAUGAGACUUUUAGACCCCUACACUAAUUGUAAUUCUGAAUUUGAAUCACGAAAUUGUCGGUGAUUAUUGAAUGCUUUUUGAAAAGUUCAGAUUGCAAAAUACCUAAAUUAUUUCGGAAAUGUAAAUAAUCGGACUCCCCUGCCUAAUGAGGCCCUAUUCUGCAGUAUACCUGUAUUAGGCUAUUUGAAAUAAUUAUUUUAAUUUAUUAACUACCAAAGUUGAUGUGAUAAUAAUAAGAUUAUUUAAUUAUAAAUACCAAAUAGCUAGAAUAAAUCCUUAAGUUGAUGUUGA